AUGGUGGUGGCCAGGAGGGACGGCUGGGCGCUCCAUCUUAUACGCCUGUCGGGUGGUGCAGUUGAGCAGCUGGGGGACACAGGUCACCGUCGACCGUCAAGAUUGCCAGGGCCAUGGCCGGACCGGGCGGGGGACAGAUGGACGUUCGACGUUUCGACCGCUCGAACUGAUGGUCACCGACGUGGUGGCGCGCGCGCGCCGCCGUCCAAGCUGGCCAAGCGAAGCGACCGUGGGCGUGAGGAGCCCCUUGAUCGCACCCCCGGCCGACUGUUCGGGACAGACGCCUGGGUCGACGUUGGGUGGGCAGAUGCACCUCCCGAAACGGCGCUCGAGGCCUCCAGAAACGGCAGCCCAUUGGCCAGCACGUUGUUAUAUGGAGUAAUAAAACUUUUCUAG